AUGGGAAUAAUCUUUUCAACUUGCUGGGUGCGCAAAAAUAUCAAGUCCAAACGUGCAUCAUUGGAAUUUGAGGGUGUACAAAAUGAAGAGGAUAAAGCAGAAUCUUUAAAAUAUUAUCUACCAAACUUCAUAGGAAAUAUAGACACAAUGGUGAUAUUUCAUUUUCUUGGUCAACACCUUUUUCAAAGCAAUUUUAACGCUCCGAUUGUAGAAAGAUUGUCUAGCGAACAAUGUAAAGUCUUAGAUGUAUGUUGUGGGGCGGGAACUUGGUUAUUAGACAUGGCUUCAGCUUAUGGUUCAACGAAUUUCUUUGGAAUUGAUUUGUGCCCUGUAUUCCCGACAGAAAUUAAACCGGCAAAUGUGCAAUUUACACAAGGCGAUGUUUUGGAUGGACUUCCAUUCGAUGAUAAUACAUUUGAUUACGUUCAUCAAGGACAUAUGGUAGAUGUAUAUACAUUGGAUCAAUGGCAUUUUGCUAUAACGGAAAUAAUUAGAGUGUGUAAGCAAGGCGGAUACGUAGAAUUCGCUGAACCAGAAUUAGCAACUAACUCUGGCCCAAUUCUUUCACAAUUCUACGAUGCAUUCGUCGAAUUAAGCGAAGCCCGUAAUGUUAAGAUACGAAUGUAUGAUAAUCUUAUUAGAACCUUGAACUCAACAACAUCAGUGCAAAACGUUGAAUCUAAAAAAGAAGUGAUUUCAUUGGGUACAGGAUUCCUUGGCAAUGAAUAUUUGGAGUUACAUCAUGAUUUUUUUUUAAAGGCCAUGCCCGAAACUUUGUCAAAAUUUAUGGGACUUUCGGAAGGAGACUAUAUAGAAUUAUUUAAAAAAGCCAAAAAUGAAGUCGAAAAUGGUAUUUCACCUGAUUGUGAACUCUACAGAAUAUGGUGUCAAAAGCUGUAG